AUGGGUACAGAUGGAUUAAACUUUCCAAAUAAGCAAGAUACAUGUAGUAAAAGAAAUAAGGCAAUAGACGAGCAACAUGAGAGAAUAAAAACUUGUAAUAAGAGAACACAGACCACCAUCGCCAUUACUGAAGUAGAAACAAGAGAUCGGUCUCAUAUAUUAUGGACAGCUUGCUUAGAAAAUAAAGGAGCUCAUUCGAUGAAAAUGUUAUGUCAUGUUUAUUGUGACACCAACGCGGCAAGCCGAGCGGGCGCAUACGCGCGUGCGCACCCCGCGCGCGCUUCAGUCGCGGAGCGGCCCUGGGCGGUCACUCCUGCAAAUGGGCUCCGCGGUCUAGCGUCCCCGUCCCCGCCACCUGUGAUUGCGCGCCGAGGCCCACGAGGGGUAGCCGCUGAGGUCUCCACCAGCCCAAGCGACAGCAUGGCAGCCAUCCCCUCCAGUGGCUCGCUCGUGGCCACCCACGACUAUUACCGGCGCCGCCUGGGCUCCUCUUCCAGUAACAGCUCCUGUGGAAACGCGGAGUAUGCUGGGGGGGCCAUCCCUCACCACCCGGGUCUCCCCAAGGCUGACCCGGGGCACUGGUGGGCAAGCUUCUUCUUUGGGAAGUCCACUCUCCCGUUCAUGGCUACAGUGUUGGAGUCCCCAGAAUGCUCGGAAUGCCCCCAGGCCUCCAGCGGCACAAUCACCUGCGUCUUGGUUCUGGGGGCCAUGAGGAAUCAGCCUGGUGGCCAUGAGGAAUCAGCCUGGUGGCCAACCUGGCAAAGCCAACACCGGGCCUCCAUCCUGAAUGGCCACCGCCAGGCUUCAGGAGGCGCUAGGCUCAUCAGAGCCCCUCCCCUCCCCUCCCUUUCCCUCCCUUCCCCAUAG